ACUUCCUAGAUGACAAGCAAAGUGGCGCACGAUCUGCACUCUUCAGCUGAGCUGAAGAGUGGAUCAACAAGAAAUAUUUAUCUGCACUUCCCCUCCUCAUUCACUCCAUCUCAAAAAGAUCAUCAUCACAAUGCCCUCAGCAACUGCCAUUGUCGCCAAUACCCCCUCCCCUCCCGGAACCACCAACUGGUCAUGGGAAACGGUCAGUGUGCCAGACACGCUCGCAGACGAUGAAGUUCUGGUGGAGAUGUUGGCCUCGGGAGUCUGCCACACGGACAUCUCCUUGACCAGUGUUCCGCCGGGUGUGUUGGGCAUUCAAUAUCCGAGAAUCCCAGGCCAUGAGGGUGUGUUUAUCCACUCUGGUAUCUCCUUUUUUAUAUAUAAUUACUGACGUUAUAGCCGCUGGCCAUGUCCGUGCUGUUGGCCCUGGCAUCACCGCCGUCCAAGUGGGAGACCCUGUCCUUCUCUCCUUUGACUCGUGCCAAUCUUGCUCUCACUGCUCUGCUGGCCAUCCGGCGUACUGUGAUUCAUUCCCCGUGAAGAAUUACGUCGGUCGGCCAGGACCUACGAAGGGUGACGAGAAAGUCUGGGGAAGCUUUUUCGGACAGUCGAGUUUUGCGCAGUUCAGCAUCGUCUCCGAAGGGAGUAUCGUCAACGCCAAAGGGCUCGUCGAGAAUGAUGACGAGUUGAAGCUCUUUUCCCCGCUUGGCUGUGGCUUCCAGACAGGCGUGGGAGCAGUCUUAAAUGUCACUGCGGCCACUGAGCAGGAUGCGGUCAUGGUGCUAGGAGUGGGAGGCGUUGGCUUUGCGGCCAUCAUGGCUGCCAAAGUGAAAGGCUGCAGAGCCAUCAUCGCCGUCGACCGAGUCGCUGAACGACUGCAACUGGCCAAAGAGCUGGGUGCCACACACAUCAUCAACACGGCGGAGAUAAGCAUCUCGGAGACGCUGGACAAAGACCCAUCUAUUCGACCAUCCAUCGCGAUUGACACUACUGGCGUUCCAGCUCUCCUCGAGGAAGCACUUGAAGCCCUCGGCAAAAGAGGCAAGUUGGUCAUAGUCGGAAUUCCUCCAUUUGGCUACAAUCUGCCGUUUGCAGGAGGCAAGCACCUUACCACUGGAAAAUCCGUCAUGGGCUGUAUGGAGGGUGACAGUGUCCCAGAAAAGGCCCUGAAAGACAUGAUCCAGUGGUAUCGGGAUGGGAAGUUCCCCAUUGAAAAGCUGGUUAGCUACUUUCCGGCGGCCGAGUAUAAGGAAGCAGUGGACAAGUUGAAAGAUGGAAGUGUGAUCAAGCCGGUUCUGGUGUGGAAGUGAAUGGAAGUAAAUAUGUGAUGAUGAGACGAAUUGAUAGGGGUAUAUAAUGAGGUUGUAGCAUAGCACAUGUGAUAAUAUUUAUCUAUCCCAUACAUAACACACAAUUGAAAUGAAAAAAAUAUGAUGGCCAAAAAAAAAAGAAA